AUGGCUGCGACCCUCAAGAUGGAUGCCACGGCUGUAUGGAGGAUCCUCACUCAAGAUCUUGGCUACACAAAAAAGCGUGCUCAGUGGAUCCCGAAUAUUAUGAAAAAAGAUCAUUUGACAAAAUUUGGAAACUCGAAACUUUCAUGCUCGAAUUCAUCGCCAAAGAUGUGUGCCCGCGAAGAUACGAGCAUGCAGAUUUGCGAGAUCUUCGAUCUUAAAUUGAUGUGGACAAGUGGUACCGCGUAA